AUGGACAACUCCGGGAAAGAGAAGGAAGCGAUUCAGCUGAUGGCCGAUGCUGACAAAAAAGUCAAGUCCUCGGGCUCCCUUUUGGGAGGGAUGUUUGGAGGAGGACAGAGGCACAAAGUGGAGGAGGCGUGUGAGAUGUACUGCAGAGCGGCCAACAUGUUCAAGAUGGCCAAGAACUGGAGCGCUGCUGGAAACGCGUUCUGUAAGGCUGCGCGCCUCCACAUGCAGCUGCAGAACAAGCACGACUGCGCCACCGGUUUCAUUGAUGCGGGAAACGCUUUCAAGAAGUCGGACCCAAACGAGGCAAUCAAGUGUUUAAAUGCUGCCAUCGAUAUAUACACAGACAUGGGAAGAUUCACCAUCGCUGCCAAACACCACAUCAGUAUUGCAGAAAUCUAUGAGUCGGAGCUGGUGGACAUCGAAAAGGCCAUUGCACAUUAUGAGCAGGCAGCAGACUACUACAAAGGAGAGGAGUCAAACAGCUCUGCCAACAAAUGCCUGCUGAAGGUGGGGGCGUACUGUGCUCAGCUGGAGCAGUACCAGAAGGCCAUCGAGAUCUAUGAGCAGGUCGGAGCCAACACCAUGGACAACCCGCUGCUGAAGUACAGCGCCAAGGAGUAUUUCUUCAAAGCCUCGCUCUGCCACUUCAUUGUGGACGAGCUGAACGCUAAGAUCGCUGUGGAAAAAUACGAGGAGAUGUUCCCGGCCUUCUCAGAUUCCAGGGAAUGCAAGUUGUUGAAGAAACUUCUUGAGGCUCAUGAGGAGCAGAACAGUGAAGCGUUCACAGAAGCAGUCAAGGAGUUUGACUCGAUCUCCCGCCUGGAUCAGUGGCACACGACCCUCCUGCUGCGCAUCAAGAAGACCAUCCAGGGCGACGAGGGGGAUUUGAAAUGA